AUGACUCAGAUCGUCGAUGUUCCUCCUGUAUCCGACCCGGAGAAUCCACAAGAGAACAGCAUUGCUAGCCGUGAUGCGUCUUUGGCGGAGGAUGAGAAGAAGUAUGACGCCACACCUACCUACAAGCAGGAUGCUUUUGGUGACGAGUCGAAUGCGGAGGUCAAAUAUAAGGUCAUGAAGUGGUGGCAAUGUGGUCUGCUGAUGGUUGCCGAAACUGUCUCUCUGGGUGUUCUGUCGCUGCCUGCUGCUGUCGCUGGCCUGGGCCUGGUUCCUUCUGUCAUUCUCCUUGUUGCGCUUGGUCUGCUAUCCACCUACACCGGCUACACGAUUGGGCAGUUCAAACUAAAGCAUCGGGAAAUUAUGAAUAUGGCCGAUGCGGGCGAGGUGCUCCUUGGCAGCUGGGGCCGUGAGAUUCUUGGAGCAGCCCAGAUGCUAUUCCUGGUCUUCAUCAUGGCUAGUCAUCUGCUCACUUUCGUCAUUGCGAUGAACACAAUCACGGGUCACGGUACCUGCUCAAUUGUGUUUGGUGUUGCGGGAGCAGUUAUCUCGUUCAUCCUGUCCUUACCGCGGACACUGGCAAAGAUGUCCUGGCUCUCUCUCGUUUCUUUUACCAGCAUCAUUUCUGCGGUGAUUAUCUGCAUGAUCGGCCUGGCUACCAAUCACAAGCAUCCCGGUGAAAAUGUGAUGGCAAUUGUCGACACGGACUUGGUUCAUGGGUUCUCUGCGGUCACUAACAUCGUCUUUGCUUUCUCCGGACACGCCGCCUACUUCGGGCUCAUGUCCGAACUGAAAGAUCCUCGCGACUUCCCCAAGGCCCUGAUGCUGCUGCAGAGCGUCGAUAUCUGCCUUUACAUCCUCGCUGCCAUCGUCAUCUACAUCUACGGCGGUGCCACGGUCUCGUCCCCCGCCCUCGGAAGUGCUUCUCCGAUGGUCUCCAAGGUCGCUUACGGCAUCGCCUUGCCUACCAUUAUCAUCGCUGGCGUCAUUAACGGUCACAUUGCUUUUAAAUACGUCUACAUCCGCAUCUUCGCUCGUAAAAACCGAAUCCACAAGCGCGACUGGGUCGCCGUCAGCUCCUGGGUCGCGAUCGCGCUCUCCCUCUGGAUCAUCGCCUGGAUCAUCGCCGAAGCCAUUCCCGUAUUCAGCAGCCUAUUGAGCUUGAUCGUUGCCCUCUUCGCCUCCUGGUUCACCUACGGGCUCAGUGGUAUUUUCUGGCUCCACCUUAACUGGGGCCAGUAUACGGCUUCCCCGCGCAAGAUAUUCCUGACAGUCGUGAAUCUCUUCUGCCUGGUCUUUGGCGCUGGGCUCUGUGGUCUGGGCUUGUACGUCUCUGGAAAGGCGAUCCAUGAUAACCCCAGCAGCGCGAGCUUCUCAUGCGCCAAUACUGCUUAA